AUCAGUUUAAACCAAAACUUUUUUUUUUUAUUUCGGGAAUCUCGACAUUAUGCGCAUUGCCAUCAUUACAGAAAACUUCUUUCCCAAAGUAGAUGGCGUAACGCGUACGCUGGCACGAUUACUAGAGCACUUAUCACUCACGGGACAUCAAGCGAUUGUAUUAGGACCUGAGACAAACAUGAAGAGCUAUGCGAACGCAGAGCUGGUUGGCACCUUUGGGAUACCGUUCUUUGCCUAUCCAGAACUCAAGUUAAACUUUUGGCGACCAGGACUGACCCAAAAGUUGUUAGAGUUCCAACCUGAUGUGAUCCAUUUUGUUGACCCUGUCUUUCUCGGCGCGUUUGGUCUGGCUGUCGUUCGGUACUAUCUGCCACACGUUCCGAUCGUUUCAUCCUAUCAUACCAAUUUGGCAGUUUACUGCGACCACUUUGGAUACGGCUUUUUCAGUUCAAUCAUGUGGAAAUGGAAUCAUUACUGUCACUCGUUUAGUCAGUACGUCGCCUGUCCAUCGCCAUCCACAAGAAGCAUCCUAUAUCAACACGGAUUUGAGCAUGUGCGUCUUUGGCCUCGAGGUGUGGAUAUUUCACUAUUUUCAGCAUCAAGAAGAUCAAAUCAGUUGCGAUCAAAGUGGACUGAAGAUAAAGACAAGAUUGUGAUUCUAUAUGUGGGAAGGCUUUCGUACGAAAAGAACAUACAUUUGGUGCUAGAUGCUUAUCAACAGAUGGACCACACAACAUGUCACCUUGUCCUUGUCGGUCAUGGUCCAUCAUUUCACGAUAUCGAAAAACGAUGCGUGUCAUCCAAUAUACCCGUUACGCUCACAGGCUAUCUCCAGGGUAAAGAGCUGGCCGAGGCUUAUGCUUCAGCUGAUGUCUUUGCUUUCCCUUCUAGCACAGAAACAUUUGGUCAGGUCGUACUGGAGGCAAUGGCAUCAGGACUGCCUGUUGUGGGGUUAAAUGCUGAAGGUGUACGCGAUCUCGUUGAUCAUGGAUCAACCGGCUUACUGCUAGAUACUUCAAAUCUUUCACUUGAACAACAAAAGAAAGGAUAUCAAGCACUACUGGAAAAAGUCAUUGGUGAUAAGGAACUACUAAAGAGGAUGAGUGGAGAGGCAGUAAAAAAGGCAACAGAGUAUACAUGGUAUGAAGCCAUGGAGCGCAUGGUCCAGUUGUAUGAUGCUUCAAUCUCAGCGCCAGAUGAGAUUGUCACUGAUGAGCACUCGCCUUUAUUGUCACAUCAUAAAAAGCUAAUGUAUGAUAGUGGAGAUAGUGGUGUUGAAGAAGACUUUUGUAUCGAUGAAGCUUUAAUCAAGGAAUAACCACACAUGGCCCCAUGUUUAUACAUACUUACAUACAUACAUACACAAAUAUACGCUUAUAUAAUAUCAUAAUAUGAAUAAACUUAAUGUACAGGA